CCUCUCCCGGCUUCCUGCUCCUUAUCCCGAACUCCCAACCGGCAAGGUUGUUCCUCACAAGGAUGGCAACCCAAAGGAGGGCGGACGAGCCCGACCGGACCCUUUUCGUGGGCAAUUUGGAGAGUCGGGUGCAGGAGGAGAUUCUCUACGAGCUUUUCUUGCAGGUGCAAGAGCGGGUGAGGCGGGUCCUAUGGCAGGCUGGACCGGUAUCUAAAGUCACCAUAUGCAAGGACAAAGAUGGAAACCCCAAGACUUUUGGAUUUGUCUGCUUUAAACACACAGAGUCAGUGCCUUAUGCUAUAGCUUUGCUGAAUGGGAUUCGUUUAUAUGGAAGACCAAUUAAAGUUCAAUACCGGUUUGGGAGUACUCACUGCCUAGAGUUAAGCAAUCCUUCCCAGAAUAUGGAUAGUGAUGUACAGGCAUCAACCUACAGAUAUACAGAAUCUUAUUGUGAUAUUCCAUCACCUGUUAGUCCUUUUCAGGUGAAUAAUAAUCCACAUCAGAUUUAUUCUGCCAUUCAAAGCAUGAUGACAUGUUGUUUGACACAGCAAUAUGUUCCAUAUAAUCCAAUGGGACAGCCGUUUCCUUACUCACAGAUGACACCACCACCACCACAAUUUCCAAGUAUUCCAGUAUUAUCCUACCUGAAUCCUGGACAAGGUUCUUUUGAAAGUGUCUACCCAGAAUCAAAAAAACACAGUCAAUAUCUUGUUACAAAAGAUACUCGCAAACGGAAAAGAACUCUGGAAGCUAGCGACAGUGACAGUAGCAGUGAAAAUGGUAGGAAAAAAUGCAAGAAAAAAAUAGCGAAAAUGUAAAGGGAUAAAUUAUUAAAUGACUAUAGGAUUGUAUUUAUUUGUAAAUAAAUGUAUUGUUAAAUAAAAUAUGAUUCUGAAUAUAUUUAUAAAAGGAAUGCCAAACCUAUAUACACCACCCAUAAAUGGAACACCUAAUUAUGUCCAUUGAAAAAGUCAUGAAAAUUAAAUAAGGUUUCUUGAGAAACAUCUCUUUUCACUUGAAAAAAAGUAUGUCUUGUUCUGACAACUAUAUUCAAAUUGUAAACAGAAGUCAAAUUAAAAUAUUGAAUUGUUAUACUAUUCACAGUGUAAUACAUACAAAAUAAAGUUUGUGGUUAAAGUCUAUUUUUGUGGGAAAAUAUAAGUCAAUUGAUAUCAUGUAAUUGUCAAUGCUAACAAUUGAUCAAGAGUUUAGAUAGAAACAAAGCACUAGAAACAAGAUUGGAAGGUUGCUGAUUUGCUUUAUAAAGCUUUUGGAAUAUAUUGGGCAUGGACUGUGUAUGUCUUAAAGCAAAUCUAAAGCAAUUUAAUUGUCAACAGUAUGUAUUGGUGAAUUGUGUUUUUGCUGUUUUCUGAAGUUCAUGAAGAAAAUCUUCCUCUUGGGAAACUAUCAAGAGGGAAGCACUGCUUUCUCUUCCAUUGCAGUCACACAAAUUACGUGUUUUCAAUUUUGUGAGUGAAUAUUAUUUCCCUCACAAAAUCAGCGGUCAUGGUCUUAAGGCUGAUUCUUAUGUGCCUGUUACCGCUUUCAUGAAUCAAUAAUAACUGGUCAAAGAAAACCAAAGCUAGAAUUUUGUUGUUUUUUAUCAUCUUAAGAGUUGUUUGUUUUUUAACUGAGUUCACAAAAUUGCCAAUGACUAAAUAAAUAGUCACUGAAAAAAAUCAAGUGAUUAAUAUGCAUACAUGCAUCACAAGUUAGGCCAUGGUUCCCAAACUUUUUUGAUUAAUCCACGCUAGUGGAGUGUAGGUUAGGAUAAAGACCGAUACAGAUACAAAUGGAGCAAGAACAUAGCACUAUUUAUUCUUAUUUAUAGCUGCUUAUAGUAACAAGGUGAUGUGUAUAUGCAAAUAACUACUAAGGAAAGAAAUAGUGUCUUUAUAUCUCAGUGCUAAAGUGAAACCUUAGAGAAUACCUCAACAGUUCUUUUUUGCUAAUUUCUUUUGCCUCCUUCAAAAGCCAGUCCUAAAAUUUGGGUGGUUCCUCACAAAGGUCUGGAAUGUGGUAUGGACAGUAACUGUGGAAGGUAGGAAUUGUCAAAUAAAUAUUGCAAUGAU